UGACCUCCAGAACAUUACUCUGGCGAUUCAGUCCUCGCCGAACUUUUGUCCUCACGCUUUGAACCCGCUCUGCAUCUGUGAGUGAACUGCGAUGGGGCUUCUAUGUGCCACUUUUCCAAUAGGGUUUACGUUUCUAAUUGCAAAGCUCGCCAUUUCCGGCUUCUGAUAUCCUCCUCAAGCUCAAAUGACCAACAACAUUUAACACUCAAUUACCUCAGCAACUCAUGUGGGAUGUCUCUACAAACGGCCACUUCAGCCGGCAAGUUUGUUCAUAUUAGGAGCGCAGAUAAAGCUGAUUUGGUUCUUCAACUGUUAAGAGCUAAAGGGUUUACUCAAUCUCAAAUUGCUUGCUUAAUUUCAAGGCGACCACAACUUAUUCUAUCAGAUCCCGAUAAAAUCCUUAGACCCAAGAUUGAAUACUUUGAGUCACUGGGUCUUUUAGCUCCCUGGCUGCCCAGGGCGCUAUGUGCAGACCCAAGGAUUCUGGCAGCUAGUUUAAAGAAUCGAAUUUUGCCAAAUGCUGAUUUCCUUAGAGGGUUUCUUGAGACCGAGGAGAAUUUUAUAUCUUCCAUGAAGCAAUGCUUUAGUGUACUUAGGUUGGAUACUGAAUUGAUGAUGUCUAAGAUAUGCACCUUUUGUGCUUUUGGCGUGCCAGUACCCAGUAUUAGGAGGCUAGUAGUAUUGCAUCCUCAAUUUCUGUUUCAUGGAUUUGAUUCUUAUGAAGAAAAGGUUGCAGAACUCAAGGAUAUGGGGAUUGAACCAAUGAGCAAGACCUUUACAUAUGCUUUUUUUUCAAUGUCCGCUAUGGGCAACUCAAAAUGGGAAAGGAAAAAGAAGGUCUUGAUGAGCUUUGGUUGGUCAGAAAGAGAUAUUCUUAUGGCAUUCAGAGCACAACCAUUAUUCAUGACUACCUCUGAGAAGAAGAUGAAGCAACUAAUGGAGUUCUAUCUCACAAAAGCUUGUUUGCAACUUACAGAUCUUGUUAGAUCCCCAUUUCUAUUUAUGAUCAGUUUGGAGAGAAAUGUCAUACCAAGAUGCAAUGUUUUGGAAGCGCUAACGUUGAAGGGCUUGAUUAAAAAGAAUGUAAAUGUUGUUUCGGCAUUAACAGCAUCUAAAAAACAGUUCGAAAACAAGUUUUUUGCUUAUUUCAAGGAGGAUUACCCUGAGUUGAUCCAGGCGUACCAGGCUAAGACAUUUCGAGGAUUUGGUAACAAAAUGUGAUAGGUGAUUUGACGAAGGAAGCUUUGCACACAAGAAAUGCAGAAGCAACUGCUACUAUAGGUUUCCAAUGGUUACUACGUCGACUACUUUCUGAGAUCGGACUGAUUCACCAAGUUAACUAAUAACCUUGUUUUAAACCCUAGCAAAGUAAGUGUUUACUGCUGAUGAAAUUUAGGUAAAACUUAUGCUGGCCUGUAUUUUCUGAUGGUUGAUUCAUGGUAAUUUUAUGUGUAUGAAUCUUGAACAAACUUUUGAUUCAUUAUAAAUUGAUUUAGAGGGCAUCAUGUUCAUUUUAUGCCUUUUUUUGUGAA